AUGCAAGUCAACAAAAUUUUCACUCAAAGAAAUGGCAUGCUUUAUUGUGGCUUUAAUCAAGAUCAAGGUUGCUUUGCUUGCGGUAUGGAAAAUGGAUUCAGAGUCUUUAACUGUGACCCACUAAAGGAAAAAGAACGCCACGAUUUUGAUGGAGGCAUCCAACAGGUAGAAAUGCUGUUUCGAUGUAAUUACUUGGCUAUUGUUGGUGGAGGCCAGAGCCCAAAAUAUCCGCCUAAUAGAGUGGUAAUAUGGAACGAUGUGCAAAAGAACAGUGUCAUUGAGUUAAACUUUGCUACAGAAGUUAGAGCAGUUCGCCUACGAAGAGAUAGAAUUGUUGUAAUACUUGAUACAAUGGUAAAAGUAUUUACCUUUACACAAGCACCACAACAAGUACAUGUGUUUGAUACCUGCAGCAAUCCUAAAGGAAUUGGCGUUUUGUGUCCGAGUAGUAGUAAUUCCUUGUUAGCUUUCCCUGGUGUCAAGCUUGGUUCAGUUCAACUGAUUGAUUUAGGAAACGCUGAAAAACCUCCAGCUAUAAUCGAAGCUCAUGAAAAUGCCAUUACGUGUAUUUCUCUCAAUCUUGAUGGUACACUGUUAGCUACUGCCUCUGAAAAGGGUACGCUAAUAAGGAUAUUUAAUACUGCGACAUGUUUACUGGAAAAUGAGUUAAGGCGUGGCACGGGAAAUGCCUUUAUUUAUUGUAUAAAUUUCAGUCCUGAAUCUUCUCUAUUGUGCGUGGCCAGCGAUCAUGGAACUAUUCAUGUUUUUAAUAUAGCCGAUCCGAAAAAGAACAAGCAGUCCAGUCUUGCUGGUGCGCACUUUCUUCCCAAAUAUUUCAAUUCUCGAUGGAGUUUUAUGAAAAUUCAAAUUCCUAAUGGUUGUCAAUGUAUAUGUGCAUUCGGAAAUGACAGCAAUACAGUCAUUGCUAUCUGUGGUGAUGGCAACUACUACAAGUUUCAGUUUAACGAAAAAGGAGAAUACAGUCGAGAGAUGAGUCAAAACUUUUUAGAAAUGACUGACGGUGGUACAUAA